CAUUUGGGGGAUAUCAGUACUGUUCUGACAUUUGGGGGGAUUUGUACCGUCCUGACAUUUGGGGGGAUUUGUCCUGUCCUGACAUUUGGGGGAUAUCAGUACUGUUCUGACAUUUGGGGGGAUUUGUACCGUCCUGACAUUUGGGGGGAUUUGUACUGUCCUGACAUUUGGAGGGAUUUGUACUGUCCUGAUAUUUGGGGGGAUUUGUACCGUCCUGACAUUUGGGGGGUAUUUGUACUGUCCUGACAUUUGGGGGGUAUUUGUACCAUCCUGACAU